UGGCUAUAAGUUAUGUAUUCGAUCUUCAUUUAUUAUCAACACGAAUAAUGGUCAAUAAUUGUCGGUUAUUCCCCCUAUAUAUAACACAGGUGGCGCACUACUCGUUGACGUUCAAUCUUACUUCCGGUGUCAAUAGUGUACAGUGCAGUGUACGAGUAAUCGAAGUGUCACAUCGAGUUUUUGAUGCAAAAUGCCGUCUUGUUGCUGCGUGCCGGGGUGCUCAAAUCGCGGGGGCCUUAGAUUUCCAACGGAUGAGACCAUCAAACGACAGUGGAUUGUCGCUAUUAGGCGAAAUAGCGCUACAGAUAAGCACAAGUUUUGGUCACCACAUCCACGGAGUGUAGUAUGUCAUCAACAUUUCAAGGAUGAUGACUUUGAAACGGAAACUAGAUACGGUGGGUUGAUUCACUUGACAGGGUUUUAAUCUGAUAUGAUUCAUAAAUUAAUUAAUGUUGAUUUUAGUUGAUGGUAUUAUAAUUUGUUGCAAUACUUGCAGUUAAUGAGUGAUUUACAGAUUUAGACACAUAGCAUCGUUUUUCCUACAUGUAAUAUUAAAAGUAUAAAAGUAAAAAGGGGUUUUCCUUAUUAAGGGAAAGGUACAGGGUUGGUCCUUCAGCACAUGGAUUCAAUGUUAUCAGUUCAAGUCUACAUUUCCACUACUAUUCACUAAAAGAAAAGGGAGGGGGGGGGGGGCAGCCAGCGCCAGCCUUAGUACAUUGUCAAGAAAUCCCACCGUUGCUAUGUGUCUGGUAAUAUUGUCGUCAUGUAGCCCGAUAUUACUUAUGUAAAUACGAUCUAAUGUCUAUGUCAGAGCCAGAAAUAAUGGAUUUUUUUCUUCAAAUUAUACUUUUCUAUCAUGUAAACAUAUAUGUUACAAAGGUAUAGUACAUGGGUCAUAAUGAUGACAGUGUUUCAAAUUGUUUAUUGUUUUGUUUUGUUGUUUGAAAUAUUUUAUGUUACAUUCUGUUGUAUUCUCAACUUCAGAAAAAGCCACCCAUAUUGAAUGUGUAUUUGACAUCAAUCAAAGUAUGAAAUGAAACUGCCAGUUUUUGUUUCUUUACACAAUGAAAUUGGCAUUGUCAUGUCUAUUUUGAUAUGUCAUAAUCAGCAACUGAAACUCAGGAGACUGCAGACAAAAACACCGAAGACACAUACAUGUACCAUAUCGUGGAUACAGGGGCUGUACACGAGGGCUGUACUAGUGUGAGGAUGGCGUGUCUCACAGGAAUGACAGGAUAAGAUGUUUUAAAUUUGUAUCUUUAAAAUUCUUAACAAGAAUUAUUUUGAUCAAUAUUUAGAAAACCUUCUUGAUAAAUAGAUUUCAUUAGGUGAUUUAUAGCAAGCAUGUUUGAAUAUGGUACAUCAUUAAUCAUAUUUAUAGUUUAUGUAUAAGUUAAGCAUGUUUGUGCAUUAUCAUUAUUUGUCAUAUUGAUAUUGUUUAGGUGCUGAUCCUCUCAGAAGGCAAAGGAAGCCUCAUGCCGUUCCUUCAAUAUUCCCUUGGAGCAGCUCAAGGAUAUGCGAAGAUGACAGAAACCAACGACGCAUUACACGCAAGAGAAAAGUGGAGCAAGCCUGUACUAGUCCGAUUUCCAAUGACGAGUCUCAAGUAGCCAUUUUUUCCAACAUUGGUAAUUUUGUAGAAACAAGUAGUUGCGAAAGUAAUGAACCAAUGCCGUCAUGUAGUUAUGAAUCCUCUGAUGCUGCACCAGUUUAUACAGAAAGUUCAUGCCAAACCAUGUCAUUGCCAAUAAUGUCAGUGGAAAAUUUCAUUAACGAUAGUGAAGGUUUUAUGUUCUAUACUGGACUAGCAACAUACACAGAUUUUUUACACGUGCUGUAUAGUUUAGGUGAGGCUGCAUUUCAUUUGAACUACAUAUACAACCAGGUGCAGAAUCUGACAAUUGAGAACCAGUUGUUUCUGACCUUGAUCAAACUAAGACAAUAUAAAACUAACUUUGAACUUAGUAGGCUUUUUUCAGUGUCCACAACAACUGUUGAAAAUAUAUGGCUGACAUGGGUCAACUUCAUGUACAGGCAGUGGCAAGAGGUUAACUUUUGGCCUGACAGAGAGUUGGUGAAUUUCUUUGCUCCAAGGGAUUUUUAUUCGAAGUUCCCAACAACACGGUUAAUCAUUGAUGGUACCGAGAUUGCUGUCAAGAAACCAAAGCCACCAAUAGCCCAGCAGUCUACUUUCUCAACAUACAAGAAUCGGAAUACUGUGAAGGUACUCGUUGGCUCAACACCUGGUGGUCUUGUAUCUUUCAUCUCAUCAGCUUUUGGAGGUUCUGCAAGUGAUCGUCAACUUGUGGAACGCAGUUCCUUGUUGAAUCAGUGCGAGCCAGGCGAUUCAGUGAUGUCUGACAAGGGCUUUAACGUGCAAGACAUGUUUGCUUGCAGGGAUGUUAAAAUUAAUAUUCCAACAUUUUUUAAGAAGAAAAACCGUAUGUCGGGAAACACUGUGUUGCAUGAUCGCAAAAUAUCUAGUAAAAGGGUGCAUAUUGAACGGAUAAUUGGAUUAGCAAAAACAUUUAAAAUUUUGAAGGGCCCCUUGAACAGCACCGAGACAAAGUUAGCAAGUGAAAUUGUCUUUGUAUGCUUCACUAUGUGCAACUUCAGAAAAUGUAUUGUACCCAAACAUGCUUAAGAGUUAAGAUUGUUAUGGUCUGUGAAGUAUAAACAUAUUUAUGUAUUUUCAUAUGAUUUGUACUCUCCGGGCUCCAAUAACUUUAUUUUUUGUAUUCCAAGUCUCUAACAAAUACUAAAAUAUUAAAACAUCAAAUGAUA